CUUCAAGAACUCUCGAAACUCCCCGAAUCCUCUGCAACUCUCUUUGCUCGCGUCACCUCACCGUCGUCUCCGCCGCCGCAAAAUGGCGGCGACGUGCCCGGAAGCCACUGACCUCACCGCCUCUUCCUACACGCAGCCGCCGGGGGAGCAGCAGCAGCAGCGGCGGCGGCAAGAUCAAUCGCUGGACACCUUCUCGUUCGCUCCGGUGAGCCUCCAAAGACUCCCCCACCUCGCCGACUACCUCCCGGACCUCCGGACUCUGCCCAACCCGCUCGACAGCAACCACUUCUUCCAUCCGGUGGACGGCUUCUACGUCUCCCCCGGCGACGUCAUCCUCCGUCAGAUCGUCUAUGAUCUCUCCGGUAUGUUCCCUCCGCCGGCGCCACACCUGGCCUACCACAGGGCAGGCCCGCGCGAGCGCGUGUUCUUCGAGCCCUCUGAAGUACGGGCGGCCAUCGUCACAUGCGGAGGGCUGUGCCCGGGGCUGAACACGGUGAUCAGAGAGCUUGUGGUGGGGCUGUGGGAGUUGUAUGACGUUCGCGAGAUAUAUGGGAUUACGGCAGGGUACAGAGGGUUUUACUCAAGGGAGCCAGUGAAGUUGAGUCCCAAGAUGGUGCACGGGUGGCACAAGAUGGGCGGCACAGCCCUCGAGACAUCAAGGGGUGGCUUUGAUCUCGAAAAGAUUGUCAAUGCUAUUGAAGAGAAGGGGUUUAAUCAGGUAUACAUCAUUGGCGGCGAUGGCACAAUGAGGGGCGCAGUAAAGAUAUUUGAGGAAAUAAGUCGCCGAAAAUUAAAAAUUACAGUAGUUGGAAUUCCCAAAACUGUUGAUAACGACAUUGGCAUUAUUGAUAGAUCAUUUGGCUUCCAGACGGCGGUCGAAAUGGCGCAACAAGCAAUCAAUGCUGCGCAUGUGGAGGCUGAAAGUGCAGUUAAUGGAAUUGGGCUAGUGAAACUGAUGGGACGAAGCACGGGCCACAUUGCUCUUCAUGCAACGCUCAGUAAUCGUGAUGUCGACUGCUGCUUGAUUCCUGAAGUCGAGUUCUUCUUGGAAGGGAAAGGAGGACUGCUUGAGUUUCUUGACUGGAGAUUGAAAGAGAAUGGGCAUGCAGUGCUGGUGGUUGCUGAGGGCGCAGGACAGGAUCUUAUACCGCGAACUGCAUCACAGAAGGAAGAGCGGGAUGAAUCAGGAAAUCUCGUGUUCUUGGAUGUCGGUGGGUGGUUGAAGUCAGAGCUGAAGAAAUGGUGGGACCGGGAUCACCCGAACGAGCUGUUCACAGUCAAGUACAUCGAUCCUACUUAUAUGAUCCGGGCAGUCCCGGCGAAUGCCACAGACAAUCUGUACUGCACUCUUUUGGCUCACUCAGCUAUUCACGGAGUCAUGGCAGGUUAUACUGGCUUCGUCUGUGGUCCUAUUAACGGCAACUACGCGUAUAUACCUCUCGACGAGGUGGCCAAGGCCAAGAAUGAGGUCAACACGCAGGACCAUAAAUGGGCAUGGGUCAGGUCGGUAACCAAUCAGCCCGAUUUUUUGAGGAGCUAGAUGUCUAAUACCAAAUUUUGCGGCGCUUUUCAUAUGAGCAUCCUAUGGUACCAUCAGCUUCACAUCCCUGGGAUUCGGAAUGCUGUAGUUGCCUGAUGGUAGUAAAUAAAGCGCUGAUUGAUGUGCUUUUGAAUCACUGGAACUGCACAUAUUUUUUACUAGAACAAGAACUUGGAAACGCAAAUUAGCUGAUAUAUCUUUUAUGUUUUUCAAUACUGUCUUACAUUUGAUGGUUAUGAAAUUGAUGUCGGUCAUUGAUUUUCCCUC